GACCUCCUUCAGGGUGACCCUGGAGCCCCCUGGACUGCCCCGCUCCCGCACUGGAAGGGGCGGUCCCGGGGCCCCGCAGGGUCCGUUUCCACCUUCAUUGAACCGCAGUGAACGAGUCCCCCUCCCGUGCCCGCGGGCACUGACAGCAGAGCCCUCGCCCAAGCCGGGUCUUACCCUUUCUCGCCCAGAAGGUCUCCAUCGUACGGUCCAGGAGGAGGCGCCUCCGCGCGCCCGGGGGGCCGGGGCCCGGCUGGGCCAGGUGCGAGCGCGUACGCGCCCCGGCUCCACAGCUGGUGCGCGUUCAGGCUCGCGGAGCGGGGCCCUGCCCGCUCCGCCCGCGCCAGCCCGGGCCGGACACGUGGUGCCUCCGCUGCCCGCGCGCUUGGGUCCCGGAGGCCCCUCGGCCUCUGCAGGCGCUCGGCCGCGGCCCCGGCAGCGGAGCAAGUGGGGAGAAGGGCGGCGGACCAGAGGGGCCCGCGUGGGCAAGGCUGAAGGAAACCUCAGGACAGGGAAGAAAACGGUUCUCACGUGUGAGUCCAAAUGCAAAACGAAUUUGUCAGCCCCGCGACCGGCUUUUCUGGGAAGUAUAUCCUUUAUUUACCGGUAAAGAAGGAAGACAUUGGGGGCCAGAUCAGGUGAGUAGGGAGGUGUUCCAAUACAGUGAUUUGUUUA